UAGCGCGAGGUGUAACGGGUGUUGUAGUCCAACUGCUCUUCUGGCUGGUCCAGCUACAUCGACUCGCAGGAUGUCGGAGGUGCGGCUGCCACCGCUACGCGCCCUGGAUGACUUUGUUCUGGGGUCGGCCCGGCUGGCGGCCCCGGAUCCGUGCGACCCGCAGCGAUGGUGCCACCGCGUCAUCAACAACCUCCUCUACUACCAAACCAACUACCUUGUCUGCUUCGGUUUUGGUCUCGCUCUGGCCGGGUACGUGCGCCCGCUGCACACCCUCCUAAGCGCGCUGGUAGUGGCGGUGGCCCUCGGGGUGCUGGUGUGGGCAGCUGAGACUCGCUCAGCCGUGCGUCGCUGCCGCCGCAGUCACCCCGCCGCCUGCCUGGCCUCAGUGCUUGCCGUCGGCCUCCUGGUUCUGUGGGCGGUGGGCGGUGCUUGCACCUUCCUGCUCAGCAUCGCCGGGCCCGUACUUAUAAUCCUGGUGCACGCUUCUCUGCGCCUGCGCAACCUCAAGAACAAGCUCGAGAACAAGAUCGAGAGCAUUGGUCUCAAGCGGACGCCAAUGGGACUGCUACUGGAGGCGCUGGGACAAGAGCAGGAGGCUGGAUCCUAGAGGCCUGAGACCUGUACUCAAGACCUGGAGAAUGCCACCCCCACCCCGGCCAACACCUGGUAUUCAGAGCCCUUUUUCAGCCCGUAAAAUAGGAGUUCCUUGCCUAGUUCAAAAAGCAGACGCUCCCCCAGAUCCAAAACUGGGAUAUCCCUCAUUCCCAGCCCCCAUUACCUAGGGGACCAGGGUCUUCCCCAGCCCUGAACCUGGGACCCAGAGCCACCCACAUCCAGCCAAAAACUAGGACUGGGAGACCUGAGCAUCCAUGGCCAACAUCAAACUCUGGAUGGAGACUUUCCCCCAACCCCAACCUGGGACCCACCAGUCCCCAAAGCUGGGGUGUGGGACCACAGCAUUCUCAAAUCUUAAACCCUAGACCAAGGCUUUUCCAGACACUACCCCAGCUUUGAACUCAGAUCAAGGCAUUGCCAAAUCUUUACCCCAGGACCCAAGUGUUCCCAGCCCCUCUCUGGGUGGAAGAGUCAGGUUCCAAACCCUGUUGAACGCUUGGUCCCAGGUGACUCCAACACUCACCAGUCCCACUUGCUUCCCUCCAGCUCUGUUUAGGGAUUCUGCCCCUCCCCCCAAAGGUACACAGUGGCGAGGACCUUGGGGUGAAGUGGGGUGGGGCAUGUGUAUCAGUGUUGCUGCCAACAAUAAAGGCUGUUGCAUCUUUCAAGCCAA